UGGAUCGACAAUACAGUACAGCUUUAAAGUCUGUUUACAAUCCAUAAAACACAUGGUUUGAGUCGACGAUCACCGGACAACUGAUCCAAUGGUAGUGUCGCUGGGCUUUGAGGGCAGCGCUAAUAAGCUGGGAAUCGGUGUCGUCCGCGACGGACACGUGUUGUCCAAUCCAAGAGUCACUUACAUUACACCCAUCGGCGAAGGCUUUGAACCCCGGAAGACGGCUCAACACCACAGGAGUCACAUCACGGCUCUGCUCCAGAAGGCGCUAAAGGAGGCCGACGUCACCGCCGAAGACAUAGAUGUGAUUAGUUAUACGAAAGGGCCGGGAAUGGGGGCACCGCUGGUCACUGUUGCCAUCGUUGCCCGAACUCUGGCACAGAUUUGGGACAAACCGUUGAUCAGAGUUAACCAUUGCAUCGCUCACAUAGAGAUGGGCCGACAGGUGACGGGUGCGGCCAAUCCGACGGUACUGUAUGUGAGCGGAGGUAACACUCAAGUGAUUGCUUACAGUCAUCGGCGGUACCGUAUAUUUGGCGAA